GUAUGAUGCCAUCCGGAUAUCCUUUACAUGGAAUCAAGGAGAAGAGGUACACGCGUGUUCAGAAGCAACUACGUUUUAUAUUACUUUCGUAGUUUGCUAUAGGCUGUCGAAUGGACUUACUUUGAAAUAUUUGACUUAAUUAAACGAAAUCUCCAAGUACCAAAAACACCAAAGGAAAAGACGGGUCGUAACUCAAAGAGCCGCCAUGUUCUUGCAGUUCUACCUUAACGAGAACGGGGACAGAGUUUAUACACUAAAGAAGGUGGAUUCUACCGGACAGCCCACCAGCUCUGCGCACCCAGCUCGUUUUUCGCCUGAUGACAAGUUCUCCCGACACCGAGUGACCGUGAAGAAACGCUUCGGACUACUGCUUACCCAACAGCCACGACCGGUGUUGUGAAACACUGAAGAAUAGAUAUGGUUAUAGACACGUGUAUAUCGUGGGUGGAUUACGGUCUCCCAUUUAACUUACGUUGCUUACAUAUGUUGGUGAUGGAAAUUGAUUGUAUAGACUUUUCAGUACAAUGUAAUAACUUGUUAAACUUUAUAACCACUCGUAUCAUUUGACUUGACAUCUCACAUUUAAAAUAAAUCAUUUAGACUUUUA